CAAGGUAGAACUUCUAAUGGGGGAGUUCGGGUAAAUACGAUGUAAGUUUGAGUGAGAAAUUUUCCCCCAAAAAAGAGAGUUUGUAAUACAGGGUACAGAGUACAAACUACUAGACUAGUAGGCACGAGGCAUAUCAAACAUACGCACGAGGCCUCUCUGCCGUAGGAUAGAUCUCUUCGCUCGAGAUUGGUGACCUCCUUCAAUCUUCCUCACAUCGGUUGCCGGACACUGCUCAAGCUUGUUCUGAUCACGGUCCCAACCUCAGUUUCCCUUGAAGAGAACAAAAGCAAGGGGAAUCCUUGGUUCAGAUCCGGACCCUUUAUGUGUACGAAAGUUCAAGUAUGAUGAACCUAAUGGCAAGCACCUUGGGUGAAGGAUUUGGCUUCAUAGAGAGUGAGAAGGGUUCUAAUGGUCGAACUUUGGAUGAGCAUGAAACAAAAGAAGAUGAGAUUUUGGAUUUUUGUGAUUCACAAGUACAUAGGAAUAAUGAGAUGACACUGGAAGAAGUGUCUAUAGAGUUAACACCAAAUGAUAAACCCUUAGAACCGUACAUUGAAAUGUCAUUUAAUUCAGUAGAUGAUGCAAGGGAGUUUUAUAGUUCAUAUGCAAAACAUAUAGGUUUCACAGUACGCACAAAUCGUAUUCGACAUUCGCAGAAAAACAGGACAAUUAUAGCUCGGGACUAUGUUUGCUCGCGAGAAGGUUUUCGUGCAGCAAAGCAUACACUUAGAAAAGAUAGAGUUCUUCCACCAAGGCCCAUCACAAGAGAAGGAUGUAAAGCAAUGAUACGGGUAGCUGUGAGGGAUGGUGGUAAAUGGGUUGUCACAAAGUUUGUACCUGAGCACAAUCACAAUCUAAUGACUCAAAGUAAAGUACCAGGUCAACGACCCAGUAUGAGUGAGGUAAGUUCGAGAUCAGCUGUUAUAGACAAUUGCAUUUAGUAAUAAUCCACCAAUAUUCUUUUCCCUCUUUUGUAUAGCUUAUAACUGAAAUUAGGGUACCAUAAUAGAAUAUCAAUUUUACUGUGAAAAAUUGAUGUCAUUUUCAUUUUCCUAGUCCUAAUACCAAUGAACAGUAUAACAAACUUCAUUCUUUUUAUUCUUUAUUUGUUUCUAUUUCCACACUAGCAUGUCUACUUGGACGUGCAUUUUAUACUUGCACUUCAUUUUCCUUAGUAGUUGAUGGCAUUCUUAAAGAGAAAAACUGAGUGACACGGGGGUCAGUGAACCAUGCUAACCAGGCAUGGUUCAUUUCACAUUUUUACCCUUUACAUCUACUUGUUGGACUUUAGUUUAGGAGCAAAAGGUAAUUUUCCCGUCUUUUCUUAUUCCUUCUCAAUACCCAAUAAUGAUGGACAAAUUUUCUUCUUUCUUGCUCGUCUCUGCAAAUCCUACCUUCUUUCUUUUCACAACUCUGGCGAGCAGUUCCAGCAGUACCGGAGAGCAGUUCUGCUGAUUCAUGGUGGGUUCAGUUAGUGGAUUCAGGUUAAGGUUUCAUAGUGGAUUUAUGUUGGAUUCCGGUGUUAGGUUUAACAUUUUCGGAGUAGGUGUUAAACUGGCCACAGUUUUAUCGGUUGAGGUUCAAGUUUCAUAAUUUUCAUGAUUUAGGGGUUUCAUAGUUUAAAGUUCGAGAUUAAUGGUUUUAGGUUUAAGGUUUCACAUUUUCCGGCAUUUUAAUGGUGUUUUCUAGCAAUUUCAGUUUAAUUGUUGGUGAUCUUUUUUUUUUUUUUUUUUUUGCUAACAACGGGUAUCCAAGCCUUCGGCCUUACUAUUCCCAUCCCACAGGUCCAUACUGACCCCACAACCACAUGGACGGGGUCAUAUCGGGGUUGGAUGAGAACUAUUCAACUUUCACUGAAAGCAGUGAAAUGCACUAAACACCCUCGUGUGAGUGGCCCCAAGGAGGUAAGAGGACUCGAGCUCAGAACCACAUGCUUCUUGAGACGAAGGUCCCUUGCUAACUCGGCCACCCUCUUGGGGUUUGGUGAUCCUCACAAAGUACACGGAGUGGGUGUUGCUUAUUGCUCCUCUUAUAAAAGGAGAACUAAGCAUAAUAUAAAAUGCUUCAAUCCUUUUUUUGGGGGGGGGGUGUUAGGUCAUCAAAAUUGAUGGUGUCAAGAAUGAGGGACUUGAAUAUUGAAGAAUCAGCUUCAUACCAGCACCCACAAUGAAGCCACUCAAUGACUCAAUUUAUUAAACAUUCAACAAUGCAUUACUUACUAACCUCUUCCACAGCAUCUUUGGCCACAUCAAGAUUUGGUGCCAGUUUGGUUAUAACCUCAUUUAUGGAUCUCAUCAAAUCAUUCUAUACCCUAUAAUCCUAUAAUGCAAGCGUAAUGAGGUCCGGAUUCAAAUAAUAUGUUGCACAUGGUUUGUUAUUGAUGUUACUAUACUAAUAAAGUAAUAAUUAAAUAGUUAACUAGUAAUUGUUCAAAAUGAAGGAUAAUUCAUUUACUAUAGAGAUUACCUGCCUGAUGAAUGUCUUGAACCAAUAUCCUUUCCCAUCAGUCUUAUAUAAGUUUCAAAAACAUUUUGCUUGACCGUGGGUUCUCAUCAUAUAUCUUCUUCUUGAUGAUUCCCAUCGUAUAUACACUAUAUUGCUCGUAGUCUGCACCUUAUCUCCAUCAACUUGUCUAAGAAUAACAAAGAAUGGGUGCAUAAUCUGAGUAAGUCGUUUCACUAUUUCCCAAAACUUUGUUGAAGUGAUUAGAUCUUGAACAUUUUUGCUAAUUUCAGUGUUUGAAUGUCUACUAGCUAACCACUCAUCAGAGGUGAAUGCCUUAAGCAGCCCAUCUUUUUGAGAUUCGAUACUAUCUAGUGCAACAUACUUUGUGGCAAAUCGUGUUGCUGCGGGCCUCACUAAAUCACUUUUUCGUGUACUUCCUCAUCAAUGCCAACACCCUUUUGUGAUUAUAAAUGAAGUUGGUGAUUGUUUUUUGCAUCAGAAACCAACUUCUACACUUUAGGCAUUUCAUCAAUGUCUCUGAACAUAAAAUUAAUACAAUGGGCGGCACACGGUGUCCAAUAUAUGUCGGGCCUCUUCAUCAUAUGCAAGUAACCAGCCUUUUUGAAAUUUGUAGCAUUGUCAGUCACUACCUAGACGACAUUUUCUUCCACUCUCCUCCACAACAUGAUCCAUUGAGUUGAACAAAUAACGUGCAUCCUUGAUAUCUUUUUUAGAUGAAUAAAUAAUUCAUUACCAA